AUGACCCAGGACAUCUUCUACGUGAAUCCUUCGCUCUCCGACCGCGAGCAGGCUGACUACUCGCAGUCGAGUUCGGAGAACUACUAUGAGGUGAUCCCGGAACGGAGAAGCUACGAGAGCAUUACUGCCCAAGCGGCCUCUGCUGGGGAACGCCACCAUAGCUUGCGAGCUCAUGCCACUCUUGCGAAAGAGCACCGGACCCACACUACCUACAUUUUUGACGAUUACCCACCCCCACCGUAUCACCCCCCACAACCAACUCCAAGUAAAACCCAACCCCAACGACAGCCAGUCCAAGUUAUCCAGGCAAUGCAGCCUAUUCAGAGCAUGCACAGUGGUAUGCAAACCACACUGCAGUCAACACUGCAGCCGACAAUGCCACCGAACAUGCAGGCAAAUCUGCAAGCAGCCACUUUGCAACCUAAACUACAGCCAGCGCUAGAGACAAGCGCCUGA